AAGAAAUGUGCAAACACUGUCUAUGAUUCAUCAGCUGUCGAUCGGAAAACGAAAAUUAAAAACAAAACGCAGCAGGAAAAACUUGCGAAAAUUACUAGUGGAACUAAUCUAGAAGACUCUGCAGGAUGUCGGUAAACACUGCACACGCCAACAAUGGUGUGCUCAUACACGCUGGCGAGUACAUACUGCUCCAUAGCGACAGCGUUUCCAUGGACUUUUCGGGCCAGGACGAUCACGUGUUUAAGGGCUCGAAGGCGGGACGCAUCUACUUGACAUCGCAUCGCAUGAUUUUCAACAGCAAGAAGCCUGCGGACACCAUGCAGUCCUUUAGUGCCCCAUUUGUGGCACUGUCCGAUGUGGAAAUUGAGCAGCCCGUCUUUGGGGCCAACUACAUCAAGGGCAAGGUGCGCGCCCAGCCCAAUGGCAACUAUGUGGGCGAGGUCAAGUUCAAGCUGCACUUCAAGGCCGGCGGUGCCAUUGAGUAUGGCCAGGCGCUGUUGCGUUCGGCCAAGACAGCCAUGAACAACUACCAUCGCGGGGGCAUGGCUGGCGAUGAUCCACCGCCAUAUCAACCGGCUGGCAACUGGAAUGAGGCUCCGCCACCGGCUUACCAGCCGCCACCGGGCUACUAUGGAUGGUUGCCGCAGCACGAUGCCUUCAGUGGCCCAGCACCGAAUACGGUAUUCAUGAGCGACAAUCCGCCGCCUUAUCCAGGCAUUACACCGCCAAGAAAUCAGCCAGCAGCACCACAACAGCCUCAGCCGUCAUCGAAUGAACCGAAUUGGUAUGGUUUUUCAGCCCCACCGCAGCAGCAGCCGCAGCAACAGCCGCAGCAGCCACAGCAGCAGGGAUGGGCUGGCGGCUAUGUCCAGCCACCGCCUUAUGCCGCCUGUGCGCCCGGUGCUCCUCCCUAUGCGGUGCCGGCUCAGACCUACAAUGGUCCGACCCCAUAUGGUGGCUACAACGGGUAUAACCAUGUGCCAGGUGGCUUCAUGCAGCCCCAGCAGCAGUCGAACGGUUAUCCAGCUCCAGGAGGCCCUCCUCCUGCCCAACAGCAGCCUCCACAGCAAGCAGGAGCUGCUGCUGGUGCAGCCGGAGCCAGUUUUAUGGGCUUCAGUCUGCCGCCAGGAAUAGCAAGAUUUGGCAGCACUCAUCAUUAUUUUUAUCCAAUCCAAAGGCCAUUGUGCAUUGUACUCGUCCCUGGUUUAAUCCAAUAAGCACACAAAAACUAUUCCAAAGAAGCCGAAGCUGCUGCAAGUGCUUAUAAUACACCCUAUAACCAAGGUGGUCCUGGUUCAUCUGGAUCCAGCGAAAUGCCUCCCUCAUAUAAU